CGGCGAGCCCCCACCGCCGCAACGCCGCCCCCGCGAUGCAGAUCCUCCGGCGGAACCUUCUCGAAGCUUCCCGCCGCCUCUCCCUCCUCCUCCGCUCCCCACCUCCCGCCACCCACCGCCACGCUCACGCCGUCGCCACCCUCUCCGCGGCGGCCCGGCGGGGCCCGUCCGCGGGCUCCCUCGCCGCCACGCCGUGGGCCGCCACGCAGCGCCGCGGCGCCAAGAUGCUCGGCUCCGACGUGAAGCUUGGAAAUGUAAUACAGAGAAGAGGCCGCAUUUAUCAGGUGAUAAAAUAUAAUCAUUCACAUCAAGGAAGAGGAGGAGCCACGAUACAGGUGGAAUUGAGGGAUGUUGACACUGGAAAUAAAACAGUGGAAAGAUUUCGUACCGACGAGGCUCUCGAGAGGGUUUUUGUUGAGGAGAAAUCUUUUACAUAUCUGUAUCACGAAGGAGACAACGUGGCUCUUAUGGAGCCUAGUACGUUUGAGCAACUUGAAGUUUCGAAGGACCUGUUUGGCAAAGCCGCUGCAUAUCUGAAAGAUGAGAUGAAGGUGACUCUACAGUACUUUGAUGGCCGACCAUUGUCUGGCUCGGUGCCUCCUCGUGUGACUUGCACAGUUGUUGAAGCACAGCCUAAUACGAAAGGGCUAACUGCUCAACCGCAAUAUAAAAGAGUGGUGCUGGAUAAUGGUCUUACAGUGCUUGCUCCCCCUUUUAUUGAAGUAGGCGAGAGCAUCGUUAUUAGUACUGUGGAUGACUCAUAUAUGACGAGGUAA